CCGAGCUGAAAUCGUUAUCGCCGUUUCAUUGUGGAAAUGCACUUUGUCGCCUCGGUCGGUUGUAAUUCUCGGUUGCGAUACGAUAAGACGAAAGUUUAGCACAAAACGAUGCAUGAGAAUCGAUGAUCGAAGGUCCAGUUCGAUAUGGAACUCGAAAAAAAAUGGCGUGCACGAAUGUCUAAUACGAUUGUUAAUAGUUUCGGUGUCGAGUCGAAGUUCGAUUAAAAGAUUUACUCUAGAUCGUCGUCCAGUGAUUAUUAUCGUCGAAGAUGCUUAAUGUACCGUAAUGUAAAGAUGUUUUACGCAGUAAGAACAAUGUAGCUGCAAUCGAGUGAGAUUAGAAGCGAGUUAAUGUAUAAAUAAAUUUUCAAGAGAAAGAAGGUUAAGAGAUACGAGAUGGUCUUAAACUAAUUUAAUCAGAGAGAUGAAGAUACGAAUGUUUGAAGAAUAAUGGAAGAAAAAUUUGAUAUGUUCGAAAGCCGAUACACUCGUUCCCAGUUUCUCAACACAAUGAUGUUGAUGAGCGUGCUAGUGUCUCUAUUGUUCGUCGCUAUGGCUAAAUGUCAUCCCAUAUCCUACGACACAUACGACGAAAGAGAAUUGUCACGGGAUCAUCCACCACUCUUACUUCUCGUUGAUCACCGAAUUCCGGAUUUAGAGAAUGAAAUGUUCGACUCGGGAAACGAUCCAGGAUCAACAGUAGUCCGAACGAAACGUCUUGAAUCAAAACGUAUCGGAUCAUUGUCGAUCGUGAAUUCUAUGGAUGUGUUACGGCAAAGAGUUCUUCUUGAACUUGCUAGACGUAAAGCGUUACAGGAUCAAGCGCAAAUCGAUGCUAAUCGUCGUCUUUUGGAAACGAUUGGAAAAAGAUCGUUACCCCUUUAUGGUGGAAACAUGUCUAAAACCGGCGACUCAAGGCUAAAGAGCGAAUUUGAAUAUGUACUCGAGCAACAAGGAAAAAAUCAUGAUCGAAACGUGGCACCAGAAAGAAUUUCCGAAAGAUUGCAGGAUUGGCUCCAUAACGACGAUUCGGCAUUUCGAGAAAGACAAGAUGAUCAAACGCGAAGGGCGCAAACAAAUGAGCUACGUUUACUGUAAUCGACACUCAAGAAGAGCACUCACAAUCAAUUUUCGCUAUAUUACGAUUUUUUAUCUAAAGCUAAUGAAUUGCAUAUAGUUUAUCUAUUAUUCGUCAUAUUCCUCAGGUUAUAUAUAUAUAUUAUAUAUAUAUAUGUAUACAAACAUGUAUCUAUACAUUUUGUGGCGUGCAAAAUUCAUUAUUUAAUACGUAUUUCAUUCAUGAAUUAUAUGCAAAUUAUUCAUGUGUCAAGCGUAAAAUAAAUAUUAGUAUUCGCGCAUGAUAUAUUCGUAGAAAGCAAAAAAUUUAAGAAAUAGAAUGUAACAGUAUUUAUUUUUUCAUUUUCGUUUUAAUUUUAAUAAUCAUUUUAAUCGUAACUAGUUUAAUUUUGUAGCAUCCAGAAAGGGAAGAAAAUAGAAAUAAUAAUGAAAAAUAUAAAGUAAUUUUUCUUAUUGAUAUUUAAAAUUUAAUGUUAUAAUUUAAAUGUUUUAUUUUUCUAUUUCUUCCUUUUCAAUAGCGCAAAUAUGUAUAUGAAACAAAACAGUAUUAUGCGUUGUGAUCCCACAAAGUCUGCCCAAUCCAACAAUCUAUAUAGAAGACAUUUUAUAUCCAAUAUUGGAUGUAAUUUAACGUAAAUGUUUUUUCACAUUAGAGUUAAGUUUUAUGAACACAAUGAUAGAAAUGUUAUAAACUAUUUUAUUAUAAAUAAUAAUUUAAAAACGUAAAUAUUGUAAUUUUUAAUUGAAAUUAACUAUGAAAAAAGAUUAUAAAAUUGUAUUUAUCUAUUGUACAGUAAAGUUUCUUGAAUCAUGCAAUAUUUUGCUAAUAAUUUCAAACUAUUUCCAAAAUAUAAUAGAUCCAAAUAGCUAUAAAUUUAAUGUAAUGCAAUUAUUUAAAUAUAUAGAUCAAAUACUUUUUUUUCCCAACAAACUUUAGUCAUGAAAGGAAUAAAUGUAAUUAAGAAUUAAUGUUCCAUAUCUUAAAUAUAUAUGUGUAAAUUAUUUUUUAUUAUUUUUUAUUUUAUUUGUGUUAAUAACUUUGUAAUCAGCAGUCUUUUAUUUUUAUAUCCUCUGUCUUAAUAUCCUCGAAGAAAAUCAAGUAAUGAUCUAAUGAAUUAUAUUUUAUUACCAAAGAAAUAUAUUACACGUGUGUAUUUUAAAAAAAUCGGUAAAUAGUUCCUUUCAUAAGUAUCAUAAAUUAAUAGACAUAAUAAUAUGUUUUUUUCUAUCAAAUUUGUACUUAUGUAAAACAUCGAAAUAUGAUUUAUUCUUGUAAAUUUUAUUAAAAUCUUAUUAAAAUAUUUUAUUUUUGAUUUUAUACACUUUAUAUUAUAAUGAAAAUGUAACAUGCACAUGAAUAUUUACAAAAAUAAUAAUACUGUAUAAAAAUCACGAUAAAAAAUUUUUUAAAUUAAAUUAUGCUAUUUUGCAAAAUAUUUUUUUUUUUCAUUUUAGUUUAUCUCUCUAUUUCGUUCUUCAAUUUUUUAUAUUAAUUCAAUUUUAUAUUACUUAUAUUCAAAAACAAUUUUUAUGAUUAUCUUAGUAUACAAAAAUUAACUCUUCCGAUAUUUAUAUUAAUAUCAAAAAAUAAAUAAUAUUAUAAUUAAAUUUUAUUAUUAUUAUUUAUAUAUUGCAUUAUAUGCAUAUCUUGUUAUUGAGGAAAUGUACAAAAAAAUCUUCACUAUGUAAUUAUGCAAAAAAAUUAUAUAUAACAUAUAAAUAGAUUUUAUUUAUUUUAAAUCUAUGUACAAUAUUGUGUAUUUAUUUAUUUUCAUUUUAACUCUUUUUAUUUGUAUGACUUAUGUUAAUUAUUCAAUGCAUAAUUGGAUAUAAAUAAAAUAAAUUUAAUUUAAAUUA